UGUCUCUUUGUGUGUGACUUCUCUUUUCUUUUGUGGCGUUUUACAUCUUUUUUUUUUUUCUGCACCUUUUUGUCAAAUCUGUCAUUGUGUACCUACAACCUGGAUUAUAAUGGAUCUGAAUGUUGUGUUGUUAAAGGUAACACUGUAUGCAGAUAAAGAAAAGGGAGGGUGAAAGGGGCCCCCAGCCCCAAUCGGGUUUAAAUCCGGCACUGACACACAGAUCUCUAGAAGCAUCAUUUUUAAAAUACACAUAAAAUAAAUGUCAUUUUCAUUCACUUUAUGGUCAUACAAGGGAGUUGAGUCAGGGAAUUCAUCCAAAGGAUAGACGAUGAGCGGGAAGAGGAGGAAGAGGAGGAGGAGGAGACCAACUUUUGGACGCACCGGCAGAGUCGCGGUCCUCUCCUCCGUCCAACCUCCUGCUGCUCCGCAUUAAACUAAUUAAACUAAUGAGGGUGAUUAAAGCGGACCAGAUCUGCAGCCCCACAUCCUCUCUGGUCAUUUAGGCCAUCUCCACAGGAUCUGCAGCUUUCUGCCGUUUAUCUCUCCGGGUUUCCUCCGCCGGCACACUCACAUGUCAGCUGGAUUUGGGAUCAUUUCCUUUCGUUUGGUGUCGGAUUUCAGCCGUCGUUGCCCCCCCAGCGGAGGAUUGAACCGAGAAAAGUGAUGUGAGAGGUGAAUUGCGGAUUCGUGGGCUCUUUUGUUUUUUGAUUUUACAGUCAGUCAUCGCACUUUUCCUCCUCACUUCGGCGCUCUGCGGAAGAAACGUUUUCUUCUUUCCCUCCAUCACCUGACUGAUUCCAACCAGAGGAUCUUUGUAGGUUUCAUUUCGGAUUUGAAAUGUUUCCCGGUUUCUUUUUUCUGCUCUCACCUGGAUUCACCUGGAGGUUUUUACUGCGCUUUAAUCCUCUUUAAGGAAUAAAUCCAACGCACAGAAAACUGCAGUUUUACCUCCGCACGGACCGAGUCUGAGCAGUUAAACCUGGAAUAUUUUCUUGUGUUAUUCUUUUGAAUAUGAAUAUUCUGCAACCUGUGGAUGUGUAUUUCAUUUACCAGGACUCACUUUCAACUUUGUUUGCCUCUGGUAAUUUGUGUGCUGCUCUUCCAUGAGAUACUUAUCUGCUAUAAUCACAUUUCCUGGAGGAGAGAAAAUUCUGGAAGCAGAAAGGUUCCCCAGUUUUCCACUUCACCGCCUUUGUUUCAUAUCAGACUUUCAUUUAGAGGAAGGAAGGUAGAAACCAGAGCACCAGCUGUUUCCUCUUGUUUUUCUUUUUACAGUUUGAGUGAAUUUAUUUAUUGUCUAAAAUCACUUUUAUUUCCUGAAAGACGGAGCAGAAAACUACAGUAUGAGGCACCUUGGAGAGCCUUGAAAAACUUAAAUGAACCCUCAAAAUGAAUUGAAUUAUUGAAUUAUUUUGUACCUAGGAGAACCUUUUCAGAUCCUAAAGCAACUAUUGCUUAAUAUGAGCAAUCCUGAACAUGGAAUAACUCUAGAGGGACCUGGAGAGCCCAAUGAAACACCAAACCUUUGAGAAAUGCCAGACAUCAUGCCAUAAAUGUGGAGACUUCUGAAAAGUGUAUCUCAGAGAACCCCAGAUGAAACCUAGACCCUGAAGGUAUGAAGACUCCUUUAAGAACCCUGAAAGAACCUGGAAAUCAGGGAGACCCCCAAGGAAAUCUUGUGAACUCCUCUGAGAACGUUAGGGGGACCCUAGAGACCCUCAGGCAAUCAAGGGACUGCUGAGAAUCUGGUGAAACUCCCAAAGCAGUCAGAGGAAUCUCUGAAGAUCUUUAAAGACUCUUAGAAGCUCUUUAGAUGCUGUAAAUGUAAGAGGAACUCUUCUAAAAAAAACUCUCUCAAGGGUCCAAAAACAUCUGGGGAGUUCUGUAAACCUGGAGGAACUCUGAAGUACCCGGAGAGCAACGGAAUAACCCAAAGACUCACAAGACUCAAAACUCCAAGCUCACAGGAAUGCUAAAGAUCUAAGUGGAACCCUGAAAGCCCCUCUGAGAAACUACUCAAGUACUUUCGGGAUCCUGAGUAAAUCUGCUGAGAACCUGGAGAAACCCUGUGAGAUCUCUAAAGACCUUAAAGACUCUUUGAGUAGCUCUGACAAAUGCUAGUCACCCAAGAAGAAAGUCUAAAUUAUCUCUACCUCUAGGGACUCUGGUUCCACUAAGAAAUCUAAAGGAGCCAUAAGGAACCCUGACCCGAAGGAAAUCUGGGAACGCUUGAAGACCUUGAGGUUCCCAAGAGUUAAAUGCUUUGAGGAACUCUAUCCUCUAGAUCCAGAGGUACCCUAAGAACUCCUCGGGACCCCCAUCAGAGAACCAAUGGGCACCCUACGAGACCUGCAGUACGCCCUGCAGGAGAAGAUCGAAGAGCUGCGACAGCGUGACACCCUGAUUGAUGAACUGGAGCUUGAACUGGAUCAGAAGGAUGAGCUGAUCCAGCGGCUGCAGAACGAGCUGGACAAGUACCGGUCCGUGCUCCGUCCAGCCACCGCCCAGCAGGUCCAGGCCCAGCAGCAGAACAUGGUCUUGCAACCAGACCAGCACCGCAGCAAACGGCAGGCCAUCUCCGCUGAGCCCACCGCCUGCGACAUCAGUGACCUCAGCCACGUCACCCUGCCCUUUUACCCCAAGAGCCCAGAGUCCAAGGAGAUGAUAAAGGAGGCCAUCCUGGACAAUGACUUCAUGAAGAACCUGGAGCUGUCUCAGAUCCAGGAGAUUGUGGACUGCAUGUACCCGGUGGAUUAUGGGAAAGAAGCCUGCAUCAUCGAAGAGGGCGACGUGGGCUCCCUGGUCUACGUGAUGGAAGAGGGGAAGGUGGAGGUGACUAAAGAGGGGAUGAAGUUGUGUACAAUGGGACCGGGCAAAGUGUUCGGAGAGCUAGCCAUCCUCUACAACUGCACCAGGACGGCUACUGUCCGGACUCUGGUGCAUGUGAAGCUGUGGGCAAUCGACCGUCAGUGUUACCAGACCAUCAUGAUGAGAACUGGACUCAUCAAACAUGCCGAGUACAUGGACUUCCUCAAGAGUGUUCCCACCUUCCAGGGUCUCCCAGAGGAAACUCUCAGUAAACUGGCCGACGUCAUGGAGGAGACUCAUUAUGAGGACGGAGAGUACAUCAUCAGACAGGGAGCCAGAGGAGACACCUUCUUCAUCAUCAGCAAGGGAAAGGUGAACGUGACCCAGGAGGAUCCAGCCAAUCAGGAGACAACACACCUCAGAGAGCUCAGCAGGGGAGACUGGUUUGGAGAGAGAGCGUUGCAGGGGGAGGACGUGAGAACAGCCAACGUCAUUGCUGCCGAGGCCGUCACCUGCCUGGUCAUCGACCGAGACUCAUUCAAGCAUCUGAUUGGUGGACUGGACGACGUUUCCAAUAAAGGAUACGAGGACGCCGAAGCAAAAGCCAAAUAUGAGGCGGAGAACGCCUUCUUCUCCAGUCUGAAGCUGACUGACUUCAACAUCAUUGAUACGCUGGGAGUCGGCGGCUUCGGACGCGUCGAGCUGGUGCAGCUGAAGAACGAGGAGGCGAAGACGUUCGCCAUGAAGAUACUGAAGAAGCGUCACAUCGUCGACACGAGACAACAGGAACAUAUCCGCUCUGAGAAACACAUCAUGACCGAGGCGCACUCCGACUUCAUCGUCAGGUUGUACCGGACAUUUAAAGACAGUAAAUAUCUGUACAUGCUGAUGGAGGCCUGUCUGGGAGGAGAGCUGUGGACGAUACUGAGAGACAGGGGUUCGUUUGAAGAUUCAACCACCAGGUUCUACACAGCCUGUGUGGUCGAAGCCUUUGCCUACCUGCAUGCCAAAGGUAUCAUAUACAGAGACCUGAAACCUGAAAACCUCAUACUGGACAGCCGGGGAUACGCCAAGCUGGUGGACUUUGGUUUCGCCAAGAAGAUCGGCGUCUGUAAGAAGACGUGGACGUUCUGCGGAACCCCAGAGUACGUCGCUCCAGAGAUCAUCCUCAACAAGGGUCAUGACGUCUCAGCAGACUACUGGUCUCUGGGCAUCCUGAUGUAUGAGCUGCUGACGGGCAGUCCUCCAUUUUCAGGUCCAGAUCCGAUGAAAACCUACAAUAUCAUCCUGAGAGGCAUCGACAUGAUCGAGUUCCCCAAGAAGAUCACCAAGAAUGCCGCCAACCUCAUCAAGAAGCUCUGCAGAGAUAACCCCUCAGAGAGACUCGGAAACCUGAAAAACGGAGUCAAAGACAUCCAGAAGCACAAGUGGUUCGAAGGUUUUAACUGGGAGGGUCUGAGGAAAGGAACUCUGACUCCACCGAUCACACCUGAUGUUUCUUCUUCGACGGACACCAGUAACUUUGACAGUUUCCCUGAAGACACAGACGAGCCGCCACCAGACGACAACUCUGGUUGGGAUUAUGAUUUUUAAUCCAUCUGACAUCCAAACCCAAAGCCUGACACCCUACAGCUGCUGCUGAGGUCCAGAUCUGAGAAAAGGGUGAUUUCUCACCUGGCUGAACAAAAAGACAAACUUCAUGUGCCGAUUGGAGGAUGUUUUCGCCUGGAGCACUUUGCCUGCGUUGUUUUUAAGCAUGGAUGGGCACUGUUUGGACCCCAAAUGUUUUGUUGCCACAUUGUGUCACCAAAUGAUUUGAGUACUGAAUGUGCAGAAGGCAACAGAAGGUACAAGACUGGAGACCUCUUGAUUGUCAAACUGGUCCAGUCUGUUUAACUGGAGGAACCCUGAUGUGCCAGGACACCUGAGAGCUGGAAGAUGAGGUGGUCCCAGGAUGAGACAAACUUCACUUCAACAGUUUGAUCCUUUUUCCAAGAUUCUCAGAGAAAGAAAUAGGUCCUAGAAAUUACAGUGACACAUGCCUGGUUCAAAGGGCUACAAGCAUGUUCUGACUUUUACAAUUUCAUCCAAGCUUAUCCAGAUUUUAGAUAGCUGUCAGAACUCUGGAACAUAAUCACUCCAUCCACAGAAAUGUGCCCACGAGGCAGAGAAGACAUUUUUGCAAUGCCUAGGAGUGUUUCUUUGAACAACCCUGAUUCCUUGUUUGGCUACAGCUGAACAUCCAUCAGCAGUCCGUCCCACAGUGUGGGUCCUGCUUUAUGUCCCAUAAAUUGCUGCAACACAAUUGUUUAUCAAGUAUUUAAUAGCAGGAAAUCCGUCCUCCAGUAACACAUACCAUUCAUGGUACCUUCUUACAGAAAUAAGGGUACAAGCAUGUUCUUAAUUUUAGGCAAAGUCAUCCCAGUUCCUUAAGAUUGCAGAGAGCUGUCAGAGCUCUGGAACAUAAUCAAGAAAAAUGUGCCAACGAUGCAGAGACGACAUUUUUGUGAUGCCUGGGAGUGACUGAGAAACAUGAACCCAGAACAACACAGAUUCCUUGUUUGACUGUGGCUGAACUUUGGGUAUUUUCACUCUUCAGCAGUCACUCACACAGCACAGGCCUUGCUUUUUGUCCCAUAUACUGCUGCAACAAAGAUAGCCUGGAUGGUAGUUGACAGCAUCAGGGAAGCCACCAGAGGCUGAAUCUAAAGGGGGUCAGAGCAGAUUUUGUCACAAAGUGCUUCCUUGAGGAACAGACGAGGCUGAAUUAUCAAACCAGCAAAGUGGGCAAGUGUCUUAUUUAGGGGCUCUCUGUUAAUAUCUAGUUUUAAUACCUUAAAAGAUUUCCAUUAAUAUUACGCUAACAUGGUGCAUGUCCUGAGAUAACUUCUGUUAUGAAUUGGCGCUAUACAAAUAAAAUUGAAUUGAAUUGAAUAUCCUUCAACAGAUUUAUGGUUAAUCAAAUGGACAUACAACCGACCUGGAGUAGGAUAGUGUGUAGAGAUGCUGUUUGGUUUCUGGGACUUUCUGGUUGGAACAGGUUGGGGAAAUGUUUAAGGUUGGGGUCUCAAUGUGACCCACGGCUUGUUUUUGCCCAAGGGCCCCCUAGUAGGUUCACCCAACUCUGGCAACAGAGGACCUAACAUGUUGGAGAAUAAUCAGACAGUGAAAUCAGACAAAGCCUUUAAUAGUCCCUUCAGAUACCUCCUAAUCCGAUCCAAGCCAAUGGAAAGCCUCUGCUGCUGUCAAGUGUCCUUGAUCACUGGCUGACACUUGACCUUUCACCCCUUAGAGGGUGAUCAUACUUCUGCUACUACUACUGCCUGUCCUGUGAUAUCUGGUGCAUGUGUUUAGUGGUCUGGAGGCGGUUCUGGACGUCCCUAUGAACCCAGCAUUUGCUCCCAGAAAGCAUGCUGGAGGUGUGAUGGUUGCAGGAUGAAUUUGUGGUCCGAGUGACAAACAGAUGCCACACAGCACGGGAGGAAAAAUGAACCUAAGAUUGAACAGACAAACUCAAGGUCACCAUGAUGCCUUCACUUAUCAUUUCAUUUUCGGGAACUUUAAAAUCCAAAGACAGAAAGACGUUUGGGUGUAGCAGUUGUGGUCCUCCUCAGUGGAUGAUGAGUGGUGAUAUGAACAUUUCUACUUUUAAACUUUCCUUUCUAUCAUUCUUAAUGUUGUGAAUUUUUGGAUCAUAGUAUGACAACUAGUAUGAGAUAUUUUGUACAUAUUUCCAACACUUCCUACAUAUUUUUGCACACACCUACAAACACUCCACUCUUAUAGACACAUGCACGACUUGAUUGAAUUUCUUAUGAGCUGUUUGUUUCAAGGUGUUUCAAAGUUGAGCAAGUUUCAGGAUUGUUUCUAUCUUGUGUCCAAGGCUUAUGAUAUACUUGCUUUUUGAUAACCUGGUUCCAAACAUCUGAACCACCACCCCAGUCUGAUGAUGCGCUCAUUGACGAAUUUAAAAAUUGUCUUCUUGUGACAGAGACCAUGAAGGUUAAACAGUUCUCCAGGAUUUUGCGGGCAAACGCUUUGUGCACAAAAAUACAAUCAAAAUAUCUUGUGAGAACUGAGAAGGUUUUGGUUUAGAUAAAAAACAAGUGUGAAUCCAGCCCAUUUUGAAGCCUUGAACUGGACAUUAUGGUUGUCGCCAGCAGCGGUGACAUACUGCAAGUUGAGCUGCUCUCAUUGGCUGCUCUUGGAAACAAAGGCGGCUCGCCUGGCCAGGUUCCAGAUAAACAGUAAAAUAUGUUUGUGAACACAUUUGAGGAGAGAAAUAGUCAACAACAGAAUCUGGAUCCAUAUGUCUGAUCAGCACUGCCUAGUUUGACAGUUUGAUCUGAGUUUGGUGCGUUGAGCUGGACGGACUCACUGAGAAUGAGCUGUCAAUCACAAGUUAGCCCCGCCCUAAAGCAUACCCUGCUUUAUGGUCCAUUUUACUCUAUAUGGGACCAUCAGUUACUAAAUGAACAUCAUGCUGUAUGGAAGAAGACUGAAACUAGAGACUGAGACCAGAAACUCAUCAACUGUUUACUGAUAGAAAGAAUGCAGGUAUUAAGAUAUGUCACAGACCUGGAUGUCCUCUAAUCAGUGGAAGGAAUGCAGGAUUCACAGGGUUAAAAGCAAGUAUAUCUGUGCUCUAAAACAGACUGAAAACCUUCAUACUUCAAGAUAAUUAUUACUUACAGUACUAACAGUAACUCCACGACAAAGUGGACAUUUAGAAAUGUUGAGUUGAAGUACAUGUGCAGUCUUUGAGGUUUGAGGUUGGAGUUUAACCUUAAUUGAUCUAUUUAUUUCGAAUUGUAUUUAUAUUUUGUGGCCUUUUGUAAGCAUCUGAUGGUGGUCUCACUUUGGUAUGAAGCCUUUGUUGUGACAUUUUUGUAAUCUGAUCAGUGAUGUGACUUCUUUGAGCUCUGCAUGAAAAUACUGGAAACAAUGUGCUCAGUUUUCACCACCAUAGGGACACCGUUUUUAAACAUUUUAGGAAAUGUUCUCUUUAUUUCUGAGAGAACAUCAAUCCCAUGUCAGCUUGCAUGGUUGCCUGGAACUAUUUCUUGGUGGGAAGCCAUUGAGGGAUUGUGUCCUUGUUGAUUAAAGUAAAAAGAACAAAAAAAAAAAAAAAAACUGUCAACAUUUCUAAUGUGAAAUUUAGGCAAGGGAAGAGUAAUAAUGUGAUUACACAAGCAAACAGUUGAUUUAAAUGUUGAGCUGUCAACGGUGAAAAUAGUAAUCAGAGCAAAAACUGAUUAAAAAAAAAUUUGCGGACCAGAAGAAGAAAUAUUGGUGUUCAUAUUGAUUCUUAGCGAUGAUAUUUUGUGGUUAUGAGUUUGGAUGAUGAAGCUAUUACAGAUUUAUUUGUAUAUACUUGGAAUAUAGUGCUUUACGAUGUCUCAGCUGUUUGUAGAUCAUUAUUAUUAUUAUUAUCAUUAUUAUUAUUACAGUGGCUGCUAUGGUAGCUAAAGAAACUUUCGCUCUGUCUCUCAUUCAGAAAAGCUUUAUGGGCAUGACUGUUAAAAACAAAACAGAAGAAAAACAAGUUUGCCAAAGCAGUUUGAUCUGUCUGAAAAAUAAAAACUGUACGAAAAAACA